UUAAAAAAGUAUAAUCGAAUCGAAAUCGAAGCUUUGUGUUGCGUGGAUUAUAUUCUAUCACACAUUUUCAUUUUUUAAUUGUAGGUAGUUUAUUUCGAUAUUGAAAUUUGACAUCUAGCUAAAAACGUUUUAGUCUUGGUAGGUACCUACUUACAAAAAAGUUAGCGUUCAGGCGAGUGAAACUUGUGGCAGUAGUACAAUGAGUUCACGACAUCGAGACCGCAGUAGGUCGCGCGAUCGCCACAAGGAUCGUGACCGCGAGAAGACCCGCGACCGCGACAGGGACCGCGAUCGCGACCGCGACAAGGAUCGAGAUCGUGAUAGAGAUCGCGACCGUUCAGACCGCGAUCGGGGUAGAGACCGAGAUCGGCACAGAUCCAAAAGAGAUAAGGAUCGUGAACGCAGCCGCAGCAGGGACCGGCACAAAGAGAAGCACAGGAGCCGGACUCGCUCGCGCUCUAGAAGUCGGAGUCGCGGCAGAAAGUCCAAGGACAGGGAUGGUACCAUUGCACUCCUGGACCAGAUGGUAGGCACCACCACAAAGGCCACAGCUCGGGCGGUGACCAAUACCACCACCAUCAACCCGGCCACACAGGCUGCCAUCUUGGCUGCUGCAGCUGUUGCGCAGACGUUUGUCGCUCAGCGUCGCAUCGCGGCGCCGGUGCAGCCGGCCGCCGCCGCCGCCGCCGCGCUGUCCGCCGCCACCGCCAUCCCGCCGCCCACCUCCGUGCAGCAGAAGCUGGAGCUGCUGCAGGCGCGCACUGAGUCCCGCUACCGGGAGAAGCCCUCGCACAAUGACUAUCAUCCCGAUGAUGAUAAAGAUGACGGACAAGGCCCGCCCGGCGAGACCUCGGCGGAGCGCCGCUUGCGGCGGCGGCGCUCGCGCUGGAUGGGGUCGGAGCACGACAAGACCUUCAUCCCGGGCCUGCCCACCGUGCUGCCCUCCUCGCUCACGCGCGACCAGGAGGAGCAGUAUCUACUGCAACUGCAGAUCGAGGAGGUGAGCCGCAAGCUGCGCUCCGGAGACCUGGGUAUCCCCGCCAACGUCGAGGAGAGGUCGCCGUCGCCGGAGCCGAUCUACUCCACGGACGGCAAGCGGCUGAACACACGCGAGUACCGCACGCGCCGCAAGCUGGAGGAGGAGCGCCACCGCCUCGUGCAGCGGAUGCAGCAGAUCAACCCCGAGUUCAAGCCUCCGCCCGACUACAAGCCGCCCAUCAUCCGCGUGCACGACAAGGUGAUGAUCCCGCAGGAGCAGCACCCCGACAUCAACUUCGUGGGGCUGCUCAUCGGCCCGCGCGGGAAUACUUUAAAAGCUAUGGAAAAAGAAACUGGCGCGAAGAUAAUAAUUCGCGGCAAAGGUUCAGUGAAGGAGGGGAAGGUGGGCCGCAAGGACGGGCAGCCGCUGCCGGGCGAGGAUGAGCCGCUGCACGCCUACAUCACCGCCACCAGCGCCGACUGCGUCAAGAAGGCUGUCGAGAAGAUCAAGGAGGUGAUCCGGCAGGGCGUGGAGGUGCCGGAGGGACAGAACGACCUCCGGCGCAUGCAGCUGCGGGAGCUGGCGCAGCUCAACGGCACUCUGCGCGAACAUGACGCCGCGCGCUGCGCCAACUGCACCGCCACCGACCACAAGACGUGGCAGUGCCCGGACAAGCCGAACGUGACGUCCAGCAUCGUGUGCAGCGCGUGCGGCGGCGCCGGCCACAUCGCGCGCGACUGCCGCGCCAAGCGGCCGGGCCAGCAGCUGCUGCUGCCCAAGCAGAACAAGGCGAAGAUCGACGAGGAGUAUAUGUCCUUGAUGGCGGAGCUGGGCGAGGCGCCGCCGGCGGGCGGAGUGGGCACUGGGGGCGCGGCGCCCCCGCGGCGGUUCCCGGGCGGCGGGGGCACGGCGCCCCCGCGCGCGCUCAUGGCGCCGCCCGCGCCCUGGCUGGCGCCGCAGCCGCCGCCGCCGGGCGCCCCCCCCCCGCCGCCGCCGCCGCCGCAUCUGCCGCCGCGUCUGCCGCACCUGCCGCCGGCGCUGCGUCCGCCGCCGCCGCACUACCAGAACGACGGGAAAAUGGGUCCUCCGCCCGGAGUGCCCGGGCCUCCUCACAUGCCGCCGCCGCCGCCAGGCGCGGGCCCGGGCUGGCGCGGGUUCGCGCCCCCGUGGGCGGCGCCCCCGCCCCCCGCCUUCCUCGCGCCCCCGCCCCCGCCCCCGCCCGUCUCCAACGGCGGCGGGUAGGCACCACGGGAUCAAUACGGCUCUAUUAUGUUACCUACGUCAUAUUUUCUUCUCACAUUAUUGUAAUUCUUUGUGCACUUGUUUUUAAAUCUCCGAACAUUCCGUUUGGAUAAAAGGAUGAAUUGUAAUAUUUUUAUUAACUUCGGAAUUAGGUAUGUAGUUUAUUCCAAAAGCAAAAUUUCCAUGACAAUGAUUUUCAUUUUCAGAUACCGCUUAUAAAAUAAGCCCCCAAUAAGAAAUCACGAACUGUUUUUAAUUUAUUGGUGUAAGCUACAACAUAAUACAUACAUUAUAAGGUUUCUUUUUUUAAUAUAUAUAUUAUGCCGAAGUAUUUAAAAAAAUAUUGUUCACAAAAAUUGCAGCACUAGCCUAUCUCAUGUUGCCGGCAUGUUGUUUGCCAAGGAGCUAGUGUCUGUGAAGUAUGAUUAGCAAUAAACUAAUAUUAUACAAUUCAA